AUGUAAGAAUUGUAAGAAUUUCUCGAUAAAUAGAAAGAUUUGAAUUUCAAAAUGCUUGAGGAUAUGCUAUCAUCUUAGAGUCUUCAAAUCCAUAACCUUUCCAUGGGACUUAAAUCCUUUUAACAUAGUUUAGAGAAUUUUUAAUAAAAGCAUAGAUCUAGAAACAAGAACUUAUUCAAAUUGUAUAGUAAUGAUGAAGCAAACAUAUUUAUUCAUCUGGAAAAAGAAAUUUAAAACUUAUAUUGCAAAUCUGAUUUCACACUUUCUAUUUCUUUGAGAGAUUAUUCUGGCAAUUUGACAAAAAAUGAAGAAUACACAGUCUACAUUAAAUUGUACCCUAUUCCUUUAAUGAAGAUUUUCAGCAGAUAAAUUUCCUAAAGAAAUUACUGUCAAUUCCCAAGGAAAGCCUCUUUUGGUUGGAAAGACUAAAUUAUUAUUAAAAGGAAAAGGAGAAUUCAAAAAACUAUAGAUCACAGAAGUUUUAUUAUUAUUCAUAUUUUAGUAAUCAUCAAAUUUUCCUUUAGGCAAAUUUGCUUUAGUUUUAUAUUCUAAUUCACCAGAUGUCUAAUCUUUAAUACUAGAAAAUAUAGUGGUAUAAAAGAAAAAAUGAAAAAAAAUAUAUUUUUUUAAUAAAAUUAAUCAAUGGAUCACGAGACUUUCUUUUUAAAAGCAGUAACAUAAUGUUAUAAGUGUUGGGAGCUUAAUCCUGAAUCUUCUUGUUAUGCUACUUGUGCAAAUGAAUACUUAAUUUAUAAAAAAGGGUUGUAGUUGAUAUAAAAUGAAAAUAAAAUCUGUUUAGAAACAUGUUAAAAUGAUAAUAAAUGUAUAAAGAAAUGUGAAUCAGAAUUAAAUACUAAUCAAAAAUCAUUAUUGAAAUUAUUAAAUAGAAUUCAACCUAAGUGA